AAUACUAUGGUAAUUACAUCAUUCAAAUAAAUUUUCUUAAAAGUUGAAACACGUUUUCAAACUAUUUAAUAAUGCAAAAUAUCAACAACCAAAACAAUUUAUUUUCGCCAGAAAACUUAAAAUUCGUUGAAGUCAACAGUUUUUCUGUGGUUGAAUCGCAUCAAAAGAAUUUUAUAAACGGCAUCCGUAAUCUUCACAAUUUAAUAAACAAUCUUGAAAAAAGUAUUAACACGUCGAAAAAAUAUGAAAAAAGACUAUUUCAAUGUAAAGCUAAUCAUGCACAUUCACACAACGCCAAUGAAUGGUGGGAUACAGAUGUUUCUGAAGAAAAACGCGAAAUCCUCAAAGGCUCUGAAAGGGACAAGUCUGUGGAACUAGCAGCAUCUUGGUCUACAGUGAGCAUUGUGUGUCUUCAAUAUCAGUACGAAGAACUAUCAAAACGUUACGAUUCCUUGCUACAAGUAUACGAGAACCGUUGCAAAUCUGUCAACGCUUGCAAUGUAUCCAUAUUAAACCUGCGGCAACGUUUAAAGUCCACUCAUGAGCAACUAUCACAUGCGCACAGGGCCUUGCUGGCCGUCGGAGACAAGUAUCUGGCUCUAAGACGCAAGAGGAAUAGGCAAAAAGGCGAAUACGAAGAUAAAAUCCUCAAACUGGAGGAAAAGUUAAAGAACGUUUUGAAAAUUGCUGAGCAAGGGAGGCUCAAGUUAGAUUCGCAACUUGCUGUGUAUCUUGCUGAGGAAAGAAAUUCUGAAGCUGCAAUGUUGCUUGUUGAGGAUACAAGAAAAUGCAACCAAUUGUUCUUAGAAAAUUUGCGACUCAAGUCAAAAAUCGAAGAGCGACCCGCGGGGAAUGUUAAUUAG